CAGCUGAAUGGAACAUGAGGCGAUCGGCAGCUCCAAGUCAGAUGCUGCGGAAUUCAGCAAAAAAGCCAAGAUUUAUGCCUCCAGGGAAAGCCAAUACACUUGAUCUGAAGAAAGAGCCUGACCACUCAGACCUGGACGUUAAAAUAGCUGAGGUAGUAUUAAAGGAGAUAAACCUAGCUGAGCAGAGCUGGGAUCUGCCUGGUGCUUUCCGGCACUGCUUCUUCAGGCUGGAGGGAAGGAUGGUGGGGAAGGCCAGAUCCUCGAAUUUCACCUUGUCGGAAAAGCUUGAUUUGCUGAAACUUGUCAAGCCGUAUGUAAAAAUUCUCGAACAGCACACCAACAAGCACUCAGUCAUAGUGGAGAAAAACAAGUGCUGGGACAUCAUUGCUGAUAGCUACAAUGCCAUCGGAGUAGACCGCCCUCCGCGCACGGCGCAGGGCCUGCGCACGCUGUACAAGAGGCUCAAGGAAUACGCCAAGCAGGAGCUCCUGCAGCAGAAGGAGACCCACUCCGACUACAAGAGCUACAUCUCUGAGCCGACUAAGAAAGUUGUGGAGAUGAUCCCCCAGAUCUCCAGCGUGUGCUUGAGGGAGAGAAACAGCCUGCCAUGUGCUGCCUUGGAUAAAGAAACCCUUGCAACUACCAGUUCACCACAGUCCAUGUUAGAGCACCAUGCUGCAGCCAUCACUCUGGAGCUGGAUCAAGAGGAGGAGGAUGUCAAGCCGCCUCCCUCGUUGAUUGUGGAGCUGCAGCCACAGGAGGCCUUGGAGCAAAGAGACCAAGAGCACCUGGUCCACGUCAUGGAGAGGUCUCCCUCCACCUCCCUGUCUUCGGUUGAUAUAAGGAUGCUAUCUCCGUCCCCUAUCCCCAGAAGAGAUGAAUUUUUCAGGCUGGAAAGUGGGGAUCGAUUUCGGUCCACGUGUGGGGCCUACGGUCCACAGAUGUUGCAAAUGCUAAAAGAAGAGCAUCACAUAAUUUUGGAAAAUCAGAGGAAAAUUGGGCUGUAUAUUCAAGAAAAGAGGGAUGGCUUGAAAAGAAGGCAGGAGCUGGAAGAAGAGCUGUUGAGAGCAAAAAUUAAAAGCAAGAUGGCGGCCGAACGAGAGGUUUCGGAAGAGGAGCUCCUCUCCAAGGGAGACAACGACCGAGCCCUCGUCGCCUCGACAGGGCAGAGUCGUAAAGAUAGUUCCAACGGCCGCUCUUGCGGUCCCGCGGAGCUCGGCGCGGACGGUCCCAGCGCUCCAAAAAAGGCACGCGCCUCCAGCCCGCCUGGAAAUGGCGCUGGAAAUGGUGCCAAAAAUGGCGCCACAAUGAGGCGAGAGAGCCUUUACAAGGAGCGGAUAGAUCUCUCGCACGGAGUCCAGUAUCAGAGUUUGGAAGUAAGCUUAAGCGACCCGGAGUCCCCUUUGUCCCGCAGAGAAGCCUUCGAUUUGUUUAAUGGGGUUCUAGAUAGACAGUUGCAAAUGCUUCAAGCUUUCAGCGAAUCUAUUUCUCCUUUCCUUAAAAAUCUUGGACUUGAUCCAAGGAGUAAUCCUCUCUCCCAGAGCCAUUUAGAUCAGCAGAAGCACGGUAAAGGGGAACCCUCUAGAGGCCUUUGGCCGACCAAGGCAGCCAGAAAGGCCUCUGUUCAAAACCAAUUUAGACCUACACAGGAGGACGAUUCCUCCAAUAUGGCCGAUUCUGAAAAUGAAAGUAGAGAGGACGGGGAGUAUGAAUCUGAGGAAGAUUCCCCAGUCAUACUAGAAGAACAACAGCCUCGCCUUUUGGGGGCUGAGGAUUUCCAGAACCUUUUAAGCAAGGCUCUGGUGGCUCUUCACCUGGAUGAGGAUCCUGAGCCUGCCCCAGAGUCCAAGAAAUCUAGGAAGAAGGGAACAAAAGAAAAGAUAGACAAGUCUAUAACCUGGGAUCAAGACUUCCGGAACAGCCUCUCGUGGUGGUGCAGCUCCAAGAACCUCAGCAAGGGUCUCUUCUUCUUAACAGAGAAUCAAAUCCAACUGUUCACAGACACCAGCCUGGAAGGAUGGGGAGCGACAUGCCAAUCCCACAUAGCUCAAGGCAUCUGGUCAAAGAUGGAGAAACGACUACACAUCAAUGUACUUGAACUCAGAGCCAUACUCCUAGCCCUGAUUCAUUUUCAGAACCUGCUUGCACGUCGUCAUGUUCUUGUUCGAACGGACAAUGUGUCUGCCAAGGCACAUCUAAACAAGCAGGGGGGUUCCAAAUCAUCAAAGCUUCACAGGGAAGCAACCUUAAUUUUUUCCUGGGCAGAAAACAACGUGGUUUCCAUCGCGGCGGAGCACAUCAGGGGAGUACACAAUCUCCAAGCCGACUGGCUGAGCCGUCAGACCUUAGACGAGGGGGAAUGGUCCCUCAACAGAUCCAUUUUCCAGCAGGUAGCAGAGAGGUUCGGCCAGCCAUCGGUGGACCUGUUCGCCUCCGAGCAGAAUCACCUUCUUCCUCGCUUCUUCACAAGACGUAAGAAGGCUGAUCCUUUGAUCCCAGACGUCUCCAGAAUUUUAGAAUUUCUUCAUGAGGGCGCAGAGCAAGGUCUCAGGGCGGCCACGUUGCGCAGGCAGGUGGCGGCCAUUUCCACAGUUAUCACCUCAGUGGACGUACCUGUUCUUUCAGUUGAAGAGCUGGGCUCAGUCUGCGACUGAGGGAUCCGUUGUGAGCUCUCACUUUCCCUGAUGUGUCUUGUCCCCCUUACAGGGCUGGCAUGCACAGGGGCAGCAGAGGUUUCAAGUCAGCAAGAGGAGCCAAGCUGCCUCACAAAAUACUUCAGUGUCGUGUGGUGUAAGAUCUCAAAGAAAAAACACAAGAAGUGGGAAGGCGAUGCUGUUCUUAUUGUGAAGGGGAAAUCUGCAAUACUGAAAGACAUGGAAGGCAAAGACAUUGGAAGAGGCACUGGAUACAAAGCCAAAGACCUAGAAAAUCUCGAUGAAGGUCAGACUCUCAAGAUUGGAGGCAAAGAAAUUGAAGUGCUGGGUGUCAUUCAGGAAGAGGAUUUCCAAAGUGGCAAAUGUUUUCAGACUGCUGGGGAGAUUCUAGUGGAUACGUUGAAUUUCUCGAAAUCUACCGUGAAGCCGUUCUGUAACCCUCUCAAAAAUGUUUGCACUCAAGAAAAGUUGCUCAAAGGCUCCCAGAACUGUAAACCUCGUCAUGAUCCAUGUGCACCAAAUUGCCUAGUUAUGCCACACCCAACCCUAAAUCACCAGCAGAUGUUCAAUAAAGUGGAUUUGCCUAUCGUGGAUGUGGUCGUAGAUCCUCACGUUGUAAAUUAUCUUCGGCCGCACCAGCGAGAAGGAGUAAUAUUUCUUUAUGAAUGCGUGAUAGGAAUGAGAGCGAGUGGUAGAUGUGGAGCUAUUCUUGCCGAUGAAAUGGGCUUAGGAAAAACACUGCAGUGCAUUUCACUCAUCUGGACUCUCCUGCGUCAGGGGCCCUAUGGAUGCAAGCCUGUAAUAAAACAAGUCCUGAUAGUCACUCCUGGGAGCCUGGUGAAGAACUGGGGAAAAGAAUUUCAAAAGUGGCUGGGAAAUGAAAGACUCAAGGUGUUUUUAGUUGAUCAGGAUCACAAGGUGGAAGAGUUCAUCAGUUCUCCCCUUUAUCCGGUCCUGGUCAUUAGUUAUGAGAUGCUUCUGCGGUCCUUGGACCAAAUUCAGAAGAAUGAGUUCAGUCUCAUAAUCUGUGAUGAGGGACACCGUUUGAAAAACACCUCCAUUAAGACCAGCGCUGCCCUUGCCAGACUACCUUGUGAAAGAAGAAUUAUUCUUACAGGUACUCCAGUACAAAAUGAUCUGCAAGAAUUUUAUGCAUUAAUAGACUUUGUAAAUCCUGGAAUACUUGGUCCUUUGUCUGCAUACAGAAAAGUAUAUGAGGAACCUAUUAUGAGAUCGCGAGAGCCUUCGGCAACAACGGAAGAAAUUGAACUAGGGGAGAGAAGGGCAGCAGAGCUCACCCGCCUGACUGGACUCUUUAUUCUGAGAAGAACCCAAGGGGCAAUCAGCAAAUUUCUCCCUCCUAAGGAGGAGAGCAUCCUUUUCUGCCAUCCAACAGCCCUGCAGCUUGAGCUCUAUCGAAGGCUGCUACGUUCUCAGGUGGUCAGAUCUUGCCUGCAAGGGAGCCUAGAGAACAGCCCCCAUUUAAUAUGUAUUGGGGCUCUGAAAAAACUUUGCAACCAUCCCUGGCUCCUCUUCAAAACAAUAAAGGAGAAAGAACAUAACCUAAAUUGUGAUGAACAAGAAAAACUGAAUCUCUGCGAGGGUUUGCUUGGCAUUUUUUCUGACGAAUAUACUCCAAUGUCUUUCUUGGAGACGGACUCAGGAAAAUUGCAGGUGCUGACUCAGCUGCUGGCCAACAUUCGUGAACGCAGCCCUUCGGAAAGAGUCGUCGUGGUAUCUAAUUACACCCAGAUGCUAAAUGUGUUGCAAGAGGUUUGCAAGCGGUAUGGAUAUUCCUACACAAGACUUGAUGGCAACACGCCUGUCUCCCAACGACAACAGAUUGUUGAUGGUUUUAAUAGCAAUUUUUGUCCAGCGUUUGUCUUUCUGCUGAGUUCAAAGGCAGGUGGUGUGGGCCUGAACCUCAUUGGAGCAUCCCACUUAAUCCUAUAUGAUAUUGACUGGAAUCCAGCCACUGAUAUUCAGGCCAUGGCCAGAGUGUGGCGAGAUGGACAGAGGCAUACAGUACAUAUCUACAGGCUUCUUACAACAGGUACGAUUGAAGAGAAAAUCUAUCAGAGGCAGAUCAGCAAGCAAGGUCUGUCUGGGGCUGUUGUAGACCUUUCCAAGGGAUCUGAACACAUCCGUUUCUCUGUUGAAGAACUCAGAAAUCUCUUUAUACUGCAUGAAGAUUCACAGUGUGUUACCCAUGAUCUGCUGGAAUGUAAGUGCAUGGGAAAGAAAGAUGAUCAAGGACUUCCAGAAAAACCUUCUGUAUGGGAAGACUGCCAGCUUGGCCAAAGCAAUGGGAAACUCAACUCCAAAAAAACCUUGUCCAUGUCACAGCUGAUGCAGUGGAAACACCUGUCUGGGGAGCAUGAGAACCUGCCUGGUCCCUUCCUCGAAAGAAUGAAAGGAAAUAUUACGUUCAUUUUCCAAAAUGUGACCAAUUGA